UUGAGUCUUGUUUUCUUCUGUCACAGGCUUCCAGGCAGGAUGAUGUUUGCCUCGCUCCUCACGCUAUGCAUGAGUGCAGUGUUUGCUGCUCCAAGCUUAGACCAGCAGUUAGAUGACCACUGGCACCUCUGGAAGAGCUGGCAUGAAAAAAACUACCACGAGAAAGAAGAGGGCUGGAGGAGAAUGGUGUGGGAGAAGAACUUCAGAAAAAUCGAGUUGCAUAACCUUGAGCACUCCGUGGGCAAACACACCUUCCGACUGGGCAUGAACCAAUUUGGUGACAUGACAAAUGAUGAGUUCAAACAGGCGAUGAAUGGUUACAGUCAUGACCCCAACCGGAAGUCAAAGGGCUCAUUGUUUAUGGAACCCAGCUUUUUUGAAGCCCCCCAACAAGUUGACUGGAGAGAGAAGGGUUAUGUUACCCGUGUUAAAGACCAAAAACGGUGUGGAUCUUGCUGGGCUUUCAGCUCAACGGGUGCCUUGGAGGGUCAGCUGUUCCGUAAAACGAGAAAGCUGGUUUCUUUGAGUGAGCAAAACUUGGUGGACUGUUCUAGGCCGGAGGGCAAUCACGGCUGUGAUGGAGGCCUCAUGGACCAGGCCUUCCAGUAUGUUCAGGACAACAAUGGGCUGGAUUCUGAAGAGUACUACCCCUACCUUGCAACAGAUGAUCAGCCAUGCCGCUACGACCCCAGUUAUAAUGCUGCUAAUGACACUGGUUUUGUGGACAUUCCCAGUGGUAAAGAGCAUGCUUUGAUGAAGGCUGUUGCUGCUGUGGGUCCUAUAGCUGUUGCUAUUGAUGCUGCACAUGAAUCCUUCCAGUUCUACCAGUCUGGCAUCUAUUAUGAGAAGGAGUGCAGCAGUGAAGAACUUGACCAUGGAGUCUUGGUGGUUGGUUAUGGUUAUGAGGGUGCUGAUGUUGCUGGGAAGAGCUACUGGAUUGUAAAGAACAGCUGGACUGAGAAAUGGGGUAACAAAGGCUACAUCUACAUGGCUAAAGACCGAAAUAACCAUUGUGGCAUUGCGACAGCCGGCAGCUAUCCUCUAGUAUAAGGCCACUGGGCUGUUCUCUGCAUUCUGGAAAUGCCAGUUUAUUGGCCUUUGUGGUUUCUUUUAAUUUAAACUUUUUUUAUUUUUUUUAUUCUACCAUU